GAGGAAAAAAAAUCUAUUUAAUAGAAUAGAUUGAGAGAAACACCCUCCUUCGUGUGAAAUUCUAGGGCUUCCUUUCUGAAGAAGAAUUAGGGUUUCACCCACAAUCAUAAAAUCGAUCGAUUAUUCUGAACAUUCAGCGUGUUUGAAAUUCUUGAUUAAAGAUGUUUGGAAGAGCGCCCGAGAAAAGUGAUAACACAAAGUACUAUGAGGUACUUGGAGUACCAAAGACUGCUUCACCUGAAGAUUUGAAGAAGGCUUACAGAAAAGCUGCCAUUAAGAAUCAUCCUGAUAAGGGUGGAGAUCCAGAAAAGUUCAAGGAGUUGGCCCAGUCUUAUGAGGUUUUGAGUGAUCCAGAGAAACGUGAAAUUUAUGAUCAGUAUGGUGAGGAUGCGCUCAAGGAAGGAAUGGGAGGAGGUGGUGGUGGCCACGACCCCUUUGACAUCUUCUCAUCUUUCUUUGGAGGAGGAAGCCCAUUUGGAGGUGGUGGCAGCAGCAGAGGAAGAAGGCAGAGGAGGGGAGAAGAUGUUAUGCAUUCUCUUAAGGUGUCCCUAGAGGAUCUUUACGGUGGAACAUCAAACAAAUUGUCCCUCUCUCGCAAUGCCAUCUUCUCCAAGUGCACUGGAAAGGGUUCAAAAUUUGGUGCUUCAAUGAAAUGUUCUGGUUGCCAAGGUUCUGGCAUGAAAGUUUCUAUCAGGCACCUAGGUCCCUCUAUGAUCCAGCAGAUGCAACAUCCUUGUAAUGAGUGUAAGGGUACUGGAGAGACCAUCAGCGAUAAGGAUCGCUGCCCUCAAUGCAAAGGUGAGAAGGUUGUCCAGGAGAAGAAGAUGUUGGAAGUGCAUGUUGAGAAGGGAAUGCAGAAUGGACAGAAGAUUACCUUCCCUGGAGAGGCCGAUGAAGCGGUACACAGUAGACUGUUUACUGGGAUGUGUUAG